GUCUGGUCCAAGUUCUCUUUACCCAUGCUUGCAGUGCCAGCGCCAUUCCAGCCUCAUCUGCCGCCUAAGCCCCCAUGUCUCGCUAAUAUCGUCGCUACAAUGUUGUACGACGCAAUACCUGGCCAGAACUAGCAUCCGCUUGACGGGCGGCUCGGACAGUCGCUUCUGGUUCAGCUCCGCCUACUAGUAUUUCGUUCCUCGAGCCAGCCAGCCAGGCACGCGACACUCUGUUCAGCAUGACUUUCGGAUGUCAAUGUCAGCCUUGAGGAAGAAAGGACAAGAAUGAGACAAAGACACUGACAUUCACAUUCUUUGUCCACGGCAUCGACUUGCUUUAUUUUAUUUUCGACAGCUUGAACCCUACCUUAUGCAUAACUCAUCCAAUCCGUCGACUUGAGUUGCUUUAUUCACUUUCCUCAAGCAACAAAACUACAAUAACCCAGAAUGGCGGAAUGAUGAUUUCCAUGCUGUGCCCCAAUAUCACACCAGACACCUAGGUAUCUUAUCCAUUACACAUCGUAUUAUUUUUUUUUUCUGUGCUUCUCAUGAUGGACUGGUUGAACCGGCAUCUCCAUUUCGCUUCUUUGAGCACCGGCACAGGAACAGCAAGAAACAAGCGCAAGAUUCCAACGAAAGCGCUCUUUUCCUAUGUCGUCGACUACCUGAUCAUCAUAAUCCUGGCCAUCAUCUACGCCGCCCUCGACAAACUAGUCACCCCGUUCUCGCAGCACUUCUCUCUCAACAAUAUCUCCAUUCAAUAUCCAUAUGCAGUGCACGAACGGAUCCCAAUCCACAUCGCUUUGGUCUUAUCAGGCGCCUUUCCCGCGGCCGUGAUUUUGAUAUAUACACUUUUUAUUGACGGCCUGUUUUCCCAUCACCACCAGCGAGCCCGAUCCCGAUUCAACAGAUAUACAUUCACCGACCGCCUAUGGGAACUCAACUGCGGCUGGCUAGGUUUACUGUUAGCCCAAGGCGCCGCCUUCGUCAUCACAGGCACUUUGAAGAAUCUAUGUGGCAAACCCCGUCCCGACCUUAUUGAUCGAUGUCAACCCCAGACGGGCGCUGCCGACGGUGUACCGUAUGGACUGGUGACCAAGGCGAUUUGUACACAGCAGGACGAGGCUAUUAUGCAAGAUGGUUUCCGCUCCUUUCCCUCCGGCCACUCAUCCUCAUCCUUCGCCGGCCUAUUCUUUUUGUCGCUAUAUCUCGCCGCCAAACUCCACGUCCUCGACCACCGCGGCGAAGUCUGGCGAACAGUUAUUGUUUUGAUCCCCACACUCGCGGCAUCAUGUAUCGCCAUGUCGAGAAUCAUGGACGCCCGACAUCAUCCAUUCGAUGUUCUUUUCGGAUCAGCACUAGGGAUUCUCUGUGCCUGGGGCGCAUAUCGUCAGUAUUUCCCGCCUGUAAGUCAUGUGUGGGAAAAGGGGAGGGCGUAUCCUAUUCGGUCGUGGGGGAUGCCAAUUCGACGGCCGGUGCCGGGCAGGGUUUUGGUGGAUGCGAGGACGUUGGAGGUUUUGGAUGAUAGGGUUACUGAGGGUGAGGAUGGGUAUGAUACGAACACGGAUGCGUUUGAGCAGAGGAGCCUCCCGCCGUCGGGGUACGGGUUGGAAUCUACUGCUACUGCUACUGCUACGGCCAGUCAACGACUGAGACCGACUAGAAGGCAAAGGGAUGGGCCGUUGGAGGUGCGUGAUAUGGAUAAUCUGGAUGUGGAUAUAGAUAUGGGUGUGGAUAUGGAAAUGGGGUAUCUUGGUGGAAAUGGCGGUGGUGGUGGUCGUCAUAUCCCUGCUGGUGGUACCUCAUACCUCCAGCAACAGCAACAGCUAUCCCAGCAACAACAGCAACGGCGAGAACAGUAUCGACCAAAAUAUCCUCGCGUUCGCCCUGGCGCUCGCGUUCCUGUUCCCGGCCCAAUUCCAGGUCCAGUUCCUGUUCCCGGUCCAGCUCCAGGUCCAACUAUUACCGACGUUGCCGAUACCACGAACAACACUACCACCACCAACACCAACACCAACGCUUUUCGAGAACAAUUGGAGCAGAAUCAACGCACGAGAGGAGCACCCGCUACUGCUGCUGCUAGUAGUAGUACUACUAGAACCACUGAUAUCGGUCCCAGAACCUACGGCCACGGCUCAGCGCAGCAAGCUUUGGACGUUCGAAAUUACAAUGGCCAACCUCAUCCGCACGAGCAUGGUGCAUUGGCACAGCGUGAAAUAGACGAUGAGGAGGACGUGGAAAUGGACGACGAUGAUACGAGACCGUUACAUUCGGCAUCGGCACGGGCACAGCUUGAGGCUUGAAAUCUAUAUAGUUUGGCGUUUCUGUGGUAUCGAAAAUUCUUGUUUGGCAUACUGGUACAGUCAGUGAAAAGGUUAACAGGAUAUAUACCAGCCACGCUUCUACGACCGAGAUGUUUUUGUCCUGGUCUAGUGUGCAUGCUAGCCAUUCAAUGUUACAAGAACCCCAUACUGACACAUGCAUUCACAUCGGCUAAUUCCACGGCUCGUAUAGACUCAAUCCUAAUCAGAGUCGAAUCCUUCU